GGGGUGCAGUAUUACCACAUAUCGAGUAUCGAUAUCAGCGUUGGGAUAGGCUCAUUUUGCCAGUCGAAGGCUUAAUCGGGCCUUCCCAUCCUGGGGGCUACAAUGCUUCGAGACAAGCAAGAGAAGAGGUGGCAAGGCCUUUGACUCAUCGCUCUUGUCUCCGCACUUCACUGGCAGAAAUGCAUGUGCGGCUCACAAACACGCCAGAUCUCGACAAGUUUCGGUCCAGAAGCUUCGGCUCCCUAUUGCCCCCUCUGUCCGGCCGGACCGGAUCGACGGACAGACAGGCGCGCGCUCUUGUCCUCGCGGCGGACGGGGUCACCGGUCAUCAAUGCCCGCCCGGGCCUCGAUCUGCAGUCAUGGUGUCAGAUGAUGAGGAGAUAAGAAAUGCGGCGGGAUCGGAACGGGCUCUGUUCUCCGCUCUGGGCUCUAGCGAUGGAGUGGGCGACGAAGCGGCCAAUAGCAUCAUCGUUUUUUCCUUUGCUGUAAAUAGCAAUUCGCCCCGGUCAACAAUGGCCGAGAAGCAGAUUCUAGUUGCACGAACGACGCAACGGAUCCUCUUCUGCUCGCUCGUCUCCUUGCUUCACGAAUGGUGUCGCACGGCAUGGCAUGUUGUCGUGCCACUGUUCUGGAGUUCAUCCCCCCUUUCGUUCUCUCUCCCGCUUUGCUUAGAAUGCAAGAAUGCGAAUCUUGGCGACUGCAGGGCGGGAGAAGGGAGAAGGGAGAAGGGAGAUGCUAGAAGCUAGCAGCUAGAAAGGAGGCAAGUGAUGUGGCUCGGGGAUGGAAACAAGCGGCGAAAAUCUUGAGGUGCUAGUCGGGGAAUCUUCGAAGGUGUCCGAAGCGAGAAGAAGGUCGAGGAAGCGGAAACAGUGGCGAGGCGAUGUGAUGUGGAGUGGAGUGGAGUGCUCGAUCACUGAAUCGACCACUGUUCCGACUCGCAGCUCGUCGCCUUCGCCUCCCCCUCCCCCUCCGAGCUCCACGUCGGCGAACCAGGUCUUCUGGCUGACAACGAUCCCCAUCUCCGCCUCCUCCCGACUCACAAUCCAUUUCGACAUGUGUUGCAUAUGCGUUUCAAUCGCCCCUACCUAGUACGCGUCCUGCGCUCCAGCUGAAAUCGCUCGUCCAGAAGCAACCAACCAGCAGCUCAGAAGCAGGAAAGCGGAGCUGACUUCCGUCCACACGAGCUCGAACAGAGCCCAGGACCUAGGACCUAGGACCCAUCGAACCCGACCUCUCCCCUGAAUCCACUCCAUCAAACAUGAAAAAGUCCUCGAUCACAUCCCUCUUCUCUUCAGCUAGCUUACCUUACCUUGCUUUGCCUUGCAUCCUACGGUGGGGAGUGUCAGUUUCCUCACUCCACAAUGCAUCCCUCGUCCAAAAUAUUAAUUUAAUGAACAUUUCCAAGCGGCCGAAGAAGCUUGAAAGCCAGACGAAAGAUGGCUCUAGUCCCUGGCACGGGAUCCGGCCUACUCGGCUGGAAAUGAGGCGGCGGCGGUCUGUCGCUAAAUCUGGACUCGACAUACAGAUCGCCCAGAUCGGGGGAGCAAGGCUGCCUUGACCGUGCGUGCUUUGGGCCGUCGAGUGAGUCGUGCUUCGUUCCCGAGUCUCGUCUUCACGUAUGCCAGAAGCUUCAGCAGAGCUCUGGACUUGGCGCCUUCGGUGCCGUCAACCAUGCCCAUGUAUUUCCAUAUCCGUUUGAGGAUAUGGUGUGUGCUAGAUAUUGAUAUUCGUGUUAACAGACAACUGUGGAGGUUACCCUUCGUCUAGAAUAGUCGUGCAGAGAGAGAGAGAGAGAGAGAGAGCGAGCUGCUUGAAGUGGUGAAAGUAGUUACAUCUUUAAAGGUUGCAGCUGAAAUGAAAUACAUUAGUGUUUUUGGUUUCUGCUUCCAUGUAGUACAGUUCAUCUCAUUCAAUUUAUCGAGGAAGAAACAGUUAUUUUAUGGCUAUUUGAGGAGAAUGCUAUCCAAUUUGGAUACCAG